AUUUAUUAAAGUGAUGGUCCAAAUUAAAAUAUCACACAUUAAAAAAGUCAUGACUUCUAUUUUAAUAUAAAAGAUCUUUAAAUCAGAUGUAUUUCAUAUAUCGAUUUAUUCAACAGAUUAAUUAUAUAUAUUAUAAAAGCAAAACAUUUCUGACAGAAUUUGAUUUAUAUAACAUAAAAUACGAUGUAUAAUAAGGUAAUUUAAAAUAUUUUUUAUACUAUGUUGCAGAAACAAACAAAUUCUGCACCAUAUCAUUCGACGACUUAUGAGUGACAUCUGGAAUGGAGCAAGAAAACGACUUCACGUUUUAUGCAUCUAAACGGGACAAUCUAAUACAUAGAGGAAUAUAACGAAUCUAAUCCUCAAAGCCACGUUUUCUAGUACAACCCAAAAUACUAAAAGUGGCAACAAAAGCAUACCCAAAAGCAAAAAAAGUUAAUCAUAAUUAAAACCUCCCCCAACUCUUUGAAAGAGUAUAAGCAACACCAAACCCUUUUUUACGUAGAAGCAAUCUCUCUCAAUCUCUAAAUAUAUAAAGACUAGAGAAAACGAUGAUUUCAUCAGAACAUUCUUCAAGAAUAACCAACAAAUUGAAACCUAACUUAAUUACCAGAACUAGAAGAAUUUCAAAAUGUCGACAACAUUCAAAGCCAUAAGAGACCGGACAUACUCUGGCGUAGGAGACCUCAUCAGACUCCUCCCGACAGGAACCGUCUUCUUGUUCCAGUUCUUAAACCCUGUCUUAACCAACAAUGGACAUUGCCUCCUAAUCAACAAAUACUUAACCGGAGCUCUUAUCGUUGUAUGCGCCUUCUCUUGCUGCUUCACUUGCUUCACCGAUAGCUACCGAACUAGUGACGGUUACGUUCACUAUGGAGUCGCUACCGUGAAGGGUCUCUGGCCAGAUUCUUCUUCAAAGGAUUUGUCAUCGUAUCGGCUUAGAGUUGGAGAUUUCGUUCACGCUUUCUUCUCUCUUAUCGUUUUCAGUGUUAUUUCUUUGUUGGAUUCUAAUACUGUUAACUGUUUCUAUCCUGGAUUUGGUUCCACUGGGAAGAUUUUUCUAAUGGUUUUGCCUCCGGUGAUAGGAGUUAUCUCCGGCACUGUCUUCACGGUGUUCCCUAGUAGACGUCAUGGAAUUGGGAAUCCGUCCGAGAACAAUGACGAAAAUGCUUCUGAGAUGGAGAAAUGAUAUAUAUGAGUUUCACUAUAUAUAUGUGCAUAAUUUAAUGAAAUGAAUGUACUCAUGAAAUGGCAAAAGAUUGUGUAAGUUAUGCAUGGAUGGUCAUAUUGUAAUGUUUACUAAUUUUAUUUUUCUUGUGAUUUAAUAUUCAUGUUUGGUGAGAAAUCAAUGUGUAUCUGUUUCUUUUUUUCUUUGUAAAUGAUUUUUUUUUUCAAAUGUUUGUUGAUAAAUAAAAGUACUUACAUAUCCAUUUAGACU